AUGUCGACUAACGGUGACUGUAACAUGAACCUGUGUUUUAUACUGGGUAGUUCUGCACUAGUAUUCACUGCUCAUCAUACGUGUAAGUUCGAUAAGUGUAAAUGUUUAGUUCCAAAGAAGAAAGAAUGGUUCAGAGUUUUGUUGACUUGGAUGCUGAUCGCCUCUGAGAUGAUGUUGAUAGGAUGGGCGUUAGGUUGGACCAUCAUCAAAUAUCAGCUAGGUUGGGUUACUAUGCCAGAUAUAGGACCUUUACCAUUCCCUUCAGCGAUGUUCGAUCAGAAAUACGUCAAUCUGAACAUCCCUUAUACCAUAAUCUUCAACUUGGCAUUUUCGAUCCAAGCCUCUUUGAAUGCUGAAGAAGGUUUAUAUUGGUACCACUUGAUGAGAGCAGUUCGUCAGCCGAAAUCAUCAAGAUCAUGGUUAUCUUCUUCUUUCUUUUACGCAUGGAUAAUCGUUUCCGUCAUUUGUACAGUAUGUCAAAGUGCUAUAGGAUGGAUACAUAAAGGGAAUCUGGAUCUGGAUAUGCAGAUGGCGAAGACAAUUACGGUUCAUGGCGUUAUGGAAUUUGCAGUAAUGCUGGCUGCCUCCGUAGUCAUCUGGAAGUUCCCAGCUUUCCUCACGGAUGUGAAAGCUUCCGGUGCUGGUCCAGAGGUUCGAUCCAGAUUGCACUUCUACCACGAGGCGAACAAAAUUCGCACUUUCUUCAGAGCCUUAUUCGCUGUUUGCAUGAUGAUUCUCGGAAUUGAUGGUAUGACAGAGGCUAAAAAGAUCAACAUGAAUCCACUUGCGAGCGGUAAGUUUCAUUCAGCGUUGGACAAGAAUCCUCCUGUUAAUGAUUGCUUCCGACUAGACCUACUAGCCCAAACAUUGUUUGGCUCAUUCACUUUUGUGCUGGUAAUCUCGAUUCUGCUUUAUCAACCUCGUAAUUGGACACCUGAAAGUGAGAUUCGCCAACAUCGCAUAAUGGUUGGAGACAACAACGAACCUCGAGCGGGGAUCAAUAGACCGCAAUUGGCCAGCGGUGUAGCUUUGAUGUCAUUGUUGAGGGAAGGUGGACAAUGGGAUGGAGAUGAUGAUUUAAUCGGUGAAAAUAUAAAUGGAAAUACAAAUAAGGGUUAUCAACUGAAGUCGACUGGUUCAAAUCAAUGGAAAGAAGAAAGAAGUCACGUAAAAUCUGAUAGUUGGGAAUCUGGACCCUCAUCAGAAUUAGGUAUACCAAUGGCUCUGGAAAACUUUACUUCACCUAUCUCUGUACCGAUCGAUUCUUCCAUGCCUCGAGAAAUCAAGAUACAUAUGGCUCAGGAAUUACAUCGCGAUGAAGGGAUCUAG